AUGAAGGGAUUCAGACAGAGAGUGCACGAGCAGUUGUCGCGGGCGAAGGACGCCAACAAGUCGUCGAAGAAGAAAGACUCCAACUCAACAUCAAGCCAGGCCUCCCUCGGCGUUUCCAACACACAGCAGCCGACAUCGCCGAACCAAGGUACCCCGACAUCAUCCACAACUUCUCUCAAUGAUGCGCGAGGCAAAUCGCCCGAUGAAGCUUCGCCGGCGGGAACCCCGUCUGUGGGCGCCGCCCCAGGCCAGCAUUAUAUAACCCAAGGAGUCAACAUCGCAGGCCAGCCUGUGAACAAUGGUCCGGGUACUCCGACGCGGCAAGGACAGCCUGUGGCACCCAGUGUGAUCAUCAGCCCCAGCACUUCGCAUCCUCCUCCCCCUGGAGCUGCCGAGACGAUGCCCGGAGACCUCGCGCCCCCAAGGAAGUCCCAUGUCUUCGAUCGCCUUCAGACUACCCCGAAGGAUCUGUCGGAAGGAAUCCGGACCCCCAAGCGUCAACACUCAUCGCGAUUCGAUAUUUCUGACCAGCGCCAACGAGAGCUGGAGAAAUUGCCAGGCUUCCAUGAAGUGGCUCCUAACCGGCGCCAGGAAUUGUUCAUGCAAAAGAUCGAUCAGUGCAACAUUAUCUUCGACUUCAACGAUCCCACGGCAGAUAUGAAGUCCAAAGAGAUCAAGAGGCUGGCUCUUCACGAGCUCUUAGAUUACGUCGCCAACAACCGGUCCGUGAUCACCGAGCCCAUGUACCCUCGCGUGGUGGAGAUGUUCGCCAAAAACUUGUUUCGACCUAUCCCCCCACCGAUGACCCCCCAGGGCGAAGCAUUUGAUCCCGAAGAGGAUGAGCCUGUUUUGGAAGUUGCCUGGCCGCACAUCCAGGUUGUCUACGAGUUCUUCCUUCGAUUCAUCGAGAGCCAGGAUUUCAACACGAAUGUUGCGAAGCAAUAUAUUGAUCAUCAGUUUGUACUGCAGUUACUCGAUCUCUUUGACUCAGAAGACCCCCGAGAGCGUGACUUCCUCAAGACAACCUUGCACCGGAUUUACGGCAAAUUUUUGAACCUGCGAUCAUAUAUCCGAAGAUCUAUCAACAAUGUUUUCUUCCAGUUUAUGUAUGAAACCGAGAGACACAACGGUAUCGCUGAGUUACUGGAAAUCCUGGGUUCCAUCAUCAACGGUUUCGCCUUGCCCCUCAAGGAGGAGCACAAGCUCUUCUUGACCCGGGUCUUGCUUCCCAUGCACAAGGUCAAGAGCCUGAGCAUGUAUCACCCGCAGCUGGCCUAUUGUAUCGUCCAGUUCUUGGAGAAGGACUCGACACUGACUGAAGAUGUUGUUCUCGGUCUGUUGCGCUACUGGCCGAAGACAAACAGCACCAAGGAAGUUAUGUACCUGAACGAGGUGGAAGAUAUCUUCGAAGUCAUGGACCCAGCCGAGUUUGCGAAGGUCCAGGAGCCUCUUUUCAACCAGCUAGCCAAAUCGGUGGCCAGCCCUCACUUCCAGGUUGCUGAGCGCGCUCUGUACUUCUGGAACAACGAGUACUUCUGCAACCUCGUGAGCGACAAUGUGGAAACCAUUCUCCCGAUCAUGUUUGCUCCGCUCUACGAGAACUCCAAGGGCCACUGGAACCGGACUAUCCACAGCAUGGUGUACAAUGCCAUGAAGAUGUUCAUGGAAAUUAACCCUCAGCUCUUUGAUGAGUGCUCUCAUGAGUACACUGAACAGCAAAACAGUGCCGAGCAGCGGGAGAAGUCCCGCAAGGACCGAUGGAUCACAAUCGAACAGCAAGCGACCAGCAGAAAGAAUGGAGUUCCACCUCCUCCUGCGCCUGUUCUUGACGUGCCUGAGCCAAUCGACGAGGUUGAGGCUAUGACCCACGAAAGCCAGAAGAAACUGAACACCUUGAAGCUCCAAGAGGAGACCGAGACCCCCAAGGAGCGACCUGCUCGGGAAGGAACCCCAACUUCGACACGACGCCGUGGCUCCAUUCGCGGUACCCGGAGGCGACGGAGCGGCAGCGGCAGCGAGAUUCGACCGCGACGACGUUCGGUCGGCGGAACCAGUGCGACCAAUGUACAGAUCUUGCAUCGAAGCAACUCGACCAAAUGA